AUGUUGGACGUCAACGACUUCGUCGCCGACCGUGGCGGUGAUCUGAACAAAAUCAGGGAAAGCCAGCGUCGUCGAUUUGCUCCCGAAAGCGUGGUCGAGGAGGUCUUGGAACUAUUCGAAGCCGCACGGCGAGCUAGAUAUGAAACCUCGCAGAUAUCCUCCAAACUCAACGGGUUGCAGAAGCAGAUAGGCAUGAAAAAGAAGAACAAGGAAGACGCAUCCGAACUGCUGCAACAGAAAGCAGAGCUCGAAAAGCAAAAGAAAGAAUCUGACGAAAAUGCAAUUGCGAGGGAGAAGGAGCGUGACAAGAAGAUCAAAACCAUUGGGAACUACGUGCACGACUCUGUUCCUGUCAGCAAUAACGAGGAUGACAACGUGGUCGAGAGGACUUGGGCACCGGAAAAUGUGAAGGUCGAAAAGCGCGAUUGCCUGUCGCACCAUGAAGUCUUGACGAGGCUGGAUGGCUACGAUCCGGAACGCGGCGUCAAAAUUGUUGGUCAUCGCGGUUAUUGCUUGACUGGCUACGGUCUAUUUCUGAAUCUUGCGCUCAUCAACUACGGACUGGAGUUUCUCUUCAAGAAAGGAUACAAACCCAACCAGCCGCCACAGUUCAUGUCGAAGGACGCCAUGGCAAAAACCGCGCAACUGGAGCAAUUCGACGAAGAGCUAUACAAGGUCUCGGAAAGCGAUGACAAGGACAAUGACAAGUAUUUGAUUGCGACGUCCGAGCAGCCACUAUCAGCGUUGCAUAGUGACGAAUGGUUCGUGGAGGCAGACUUGCCUGUCAAAUAUGCUGGCUACAGUACCUGUUACCGCAAAGAGGCAGGAUCCCAUGGAAAAGAUGCCUGGGGUAUCUUCCGCGUUCAUCAAUUCGAAAAGAUCGAACAAUUCGUCUUGACCAAGCCUGAAGACUCAUGGAAGGCUUUUGAUGAAAUGAUUGCGACCUCAGAGGAAUUCUACAAGUCACUGGGACUUCCCUACCAGGUGGUCUCAAUCGUGUCCGGUGCUUUGAACAACGCGGCGGCCAAGAAAUACGAUCUAGAGGCGUGGUUCCCCUUCCAGGGCGAAUACAAGGAACUUGUCUCCUGCUCGAAUUGCACCGACUACCAGACCCGAGAACUGGAAAUCCGUUUCGGUGCUAAGAAGGCCGAUUCAAAGAAGGCUUACGUUCACGCUCUGAAUGCUACCCUGUGUGCGACUGAGAGAACGCUCUGCUGUAUCUUGGAGAACUAUCAAACAGAGGAUGGCUUCAACGUUCCGGAGCCUCUGCAGAAAUACAUCCCGGGAGCUCCCACCUUCAUCCCUUACACUCGCGAGCUGCCAAAGGACACAACCUCGGCGAAGAAAGGCAAGUCAGGCGCAGCAGGCGCAGCGAAACAGCUGGAAAAUCUCAAGGUCUGA